UAAAAUCAAACUAUUAAAUAACCUAUAAAUUAUAAUCCAAUCCAACUCAGACUCGAUAGUCCAAUCUGUGUCGCUUCGCUUCCAUUGUUGAAGUGAAGGCAGCAGCAAUUCCACCAUUGAAGCCCUCGAACCGAGAUCUGGUCAUACUCCUAAGUUGCUCCUACAUCAUGGUUAACGUAAUCAAAGGACAGUUCAUUUCAUGCGACAUACCCAUGGCACAAUUCAUCAUAAACAUGAACAAGUCACUACCCACAUCACAGAAGUUCAUAAUACAUGUCUUGGAUAAUACUCAUCUUUUUGUGCAACCCCAUGCGACGGAAAUGAUAAGAAGUGCUAUUGCAGAGUUCAGAGACCAGAAUUCCUAUGAGAAGCCCGCUUGAUUUAGGUUUAUAUCUCAAGAUUCCAUUAUUCAUAUGCACUGUAUAACUGUUUGAAAAGCUUAUGUGAACUCACCAACAUAUAAAUUAUUUGCCUUUUCCAUUUUGGUAGUGAAUUGCAUUUGUAAGACACACCAAUUACAGUUCUUUCUUCUGAGGAAGCCGUGCUUCCUUUUAGAAAUGGUCAUGGAUUAUUGGUGGACAGAAUUUUUUUCUCCGGGAAAUGUAGUUUGAUUAUGAUAUGAUUCAUGAAGUUGGGAUUUUACUGAUACGAGGAGCUUGUGAUUUUUAAAUAAAAUUUUACUUAUUUAUUAA